GCUCGGCCGCUCUCGGUUUCCGCUCAUUCACGGGCUGAGUCGGGGAGUUUGGUUGACGUCGGGCGGCGGGAGAUGGAGGAGUAUCAGCACAGUACCGACGAGGUUGCAACCUUCAGUGUGGAUGAAACCAGCAAUGUUGUCAAAGAGUGCAUUGAGAACAUAAUAGGUGGUGGGAUUGAUUAUAAUCACAGUAAGAUCAAUCAGUGGACUGCUACCAUCGUUGAACAAUCCCUGAUGCAUUUGGUCAAAAUGGGAAAACCAUUUAAAUAUAUUGUGACCUGUGCAGUAAUGCAGAAGAGUGGAGCCGGCCUCCAUACAGCCAGCUCCUGUUAUUGGGACAGCAGCACUGAUGGAAGCUGUACUGUGAGAUGGGAAAACAAGUCCAUGUACUGCGUUGUUAGUGUGUUUGCAGUCGCCAUUCUGUAGCACCAAGGGAAUCGUAUAUGCACAGCCAUUCCAAAGCACCAACUACUCUUAUUUAAACAAAGUUUUAAAAAAUAUAUUUAAGUGAUUUAGGGUUAGCAUGCAUUGUUUGUGAAUAAAGCACAUUUGGAUACAUUUGGGCAUGAGAUUCAAAAGCUAUAAUCAGGCAAUAUCUUGCUUAUCUAACAUUUCAGUAUAAUUUGCUUAUUCAUGUCCAUGGACAAUUCUGGGUUCUAAUCUCCUUUCCAUUUCCCUUGCACUUACAAUUGAGGACACCUGAUAACUAUUGCUCCUUGCAUGUUGCUAGCCAGAGGUGAUACACAGGGUUGUAAACCACAAAUACAACUAAUUUCUUAAUUUAAGUCACUUUUUCACCUUGAAGAUUUGCUUAAAUAAAUUGCAAUAUUCUAUGGAUUGCACUACAGCAGAUAAUUCAAGCAAAGAACUAUUUGAAGGACUAACUUCUGAUAUUGCUUUUCAAUAAACUAUCAAAUUCUCAAUUUACACUUGCACUCUUAUUACAUUAAAAUAAUUGUCUAACAUCAUAAUUCCACUAAAGAUUAAACCCAAAAAGAAAACUUAGUCAACACGAGUCCAUUUUUAAGUUAUCUGUUGCUAAACAUUACAGUUUCGUAAGAUGAGCAAAUACAUUGUUGUUAGGUACGCUUGAUACUUGUGCCAAACCCUUUAUAUUCAGUUCAAUACUGUAUUUAACAAAGAUAUUGAUUCAAAAUUCUGAAUGGUUUGCAUAUCAUGGUUUCAAAACUAAAUUGAUUGUCAGGAUUGAAAAAAUAUUCUAUUACUGUAAAAUUCAGUGACCGAGUUGAACCUUAAAAUGCAUCUUCAUGACCUAUAAAGCCAUAGUGCGAUUGAUGUACCAUUGUAACUGCUCUUUUAACACCAUGUGUAACAUCACUUACUUUCAUACUUUUUUUCUUCUAAUGUGGCAGUUGGUCAUGGGAGUUUUACUAUUACAGUAGCCAGGAUACAGUUUCUUUUGGAAAUGACUCAGCUGUUGAAUUUUGAUGUGGGGUAUUCUCUAAACUCUUUAGAGCUGCUCUGUGUUGCUUCUUAUAAAAAGGUUAAUGUUGCCUUUUAAGGUACUUGCUAAGUACUCUACACAAUAUGCUUUAGGCAAGCAACUAACUUUUGUUGCUGAAGCUUUUAGGAAAUGUGCUGCUGUAAGCAGUCAAUUAACAAAUGCAGGCAAAACACGUUUCAGGAAUAGAGUAUAAAGUAGAUUAAAGGUCUUUGUUUUAUUAAAUGAAAGAUUAUAAGUAGCAGUAAUUAGACACAAUAUACACAUUUCUGAUAAUAAACAAAUAAUGACUGAAUGUGGGUGGAAAGCCAGUGUAUCUAAUUUUAUUAUGAAACAUUGAAUCGUGAACUUCUUGGCACUUUGAAGAACCCAAAACAAGCUUCUCUAUGCCAGAUCUACAGGAUUGCUAAAUUAUGUUAAAUAUUAUAUUAAGAAAUGUGAUUGAUUGUGAAUAGUUUGAUUAAAUGUGGUUGAGGAAGACAGGAAUUUGAAUUCAAAAUAAGAGGAUUUUGCUGCAACUAAUUAUGUAAAUGUUUAUUUGAAUGGUAUCAAAGAAAAUAUGCACUCUUGAAAGUCUGAGUAGUGGAAAAUGAUGUUCGGUUUCUGUAAGCCUCUUUGUUAGAUGUCUGUGCAUCAGACUCUGGCAAAGAAUCAUGUCUGGACAAAAGAAAAAACGUAAAACAUUAAAUGGAGAAUUAAUUAA